UUGUCAUCGCGUUCUUUAGGUCGGGGUGCUUUACACUGGGCGUGUGGGCGGAAUUUAAAAUGUUCACAAUGCGACUCUAACAGCAUUUUUGUUUUUCUUUUCUAUAGAUCGUUAGGGUUGUGUAACGUAUUUCUCUUAUAUAGUACAGAAGAAAGACGGUUAAGUACCUCCGGAAACCAAACAAUCCUAUAUUUCAGACGAAGUCUAGUUUUUAAGCUAACGUUAGCUAACGCCUAACGUUAGCUAUGGAGGAGAGGAAGGAGGAGGGAGAAGCGGAGAUCCAAGAGCACGGCCCCGAACACUGGUUCUCCAAAUGGGAACGACAGUGCUUAGCAGAGGCCGAACAGGAUGUUCCGAACGAGGAGGAGACGGAACAAAGCCAACAGAAACUGUGGCACCUCUUUCAGAACUCCGCCACCGCGGUAGCACAGCUCUACAAAGAUAGAGUAUGUCAGCAGCAAGGCCUCUCUCUCUGGGUGCCCUUCCAGAAUGCAGCCACAGCCGUCACUAACCUGUAUAAAGAGAGUAUGGAGGCCCGCCAACGGAGCUAUGACCUGGGCAUCCACUUAGGCUACCAGCGCAGGAAUAAGGAUGUGAUUGCAUGGGUUAAGAAACGCAGAAGAACUAUCAGGCGCGAAGACCUCAUCAGCUUCCUGUGUGGCAAAGUUCCACCUCCGCGGACGGCUCGCGCCCCGCCCAGAGUUGCCAUGGUGUCUGCAAGCCGACCAUCACCCCCAGAGACGGGCAGCUCUGUGGAGACCGACCUGCAGCCUUUCAGAGAGGCCAUAGCACUGCAUGGUCUUAGCGGUGCCAUGGCAAGCAUUUCUGUGCGUUCUGGUCCUCCUGGUUCCCCAACUCACCCUGCCCAGUCCCUCAGUCGUCGUAGGAAUGGUCUCCAUGAUGUGGACCUCAACACCUUCAUUGCUGAGGAGAUGGCACUCCAUUUGGAUUCCACAGCCAAUCGUAAACGAGGCCCUGCCCCCUGUAGUGAUGUCAUCACAGACUCACCUACUCAUAAACGUAACAGGAUGCUCUGAACUUUUCCUACACCACUAAUCCCUCCUCUGUCCUCUCCUUGGUGGCCGACUGGACAGCUGAUGAGGACUGAUGCCUUGGCCAACCAUUGAAAUCUUCCUCUUUUCGUCUUAGUUGCAAUGCUACAAAUAAAGGAACUCAACUAUUACCAACCCAGAUGUUUCUCCCCUUCUUUAUUUUUAUUUCACCCCAUAUUUUGUCUUGCAUCCCUCUCCAUAACAGUGUUCUGUUCUUUUUAGAAUAUUUUCUAUCCUGUUUAUGUUUGGUUGCCCUCAGUAGAUAUGAUACCGAAGCGAGCACAUGUCACACAUGAAAUCCUUAAAUAGCAGAAUGUUGCAUUUAGACAUUGUUUAUUUGGCCAGGCUCCUUUUUGUUUCUCAUCCAAUAAUCAGAUGAAACGGGCUGUUGCUUACUGUUUGCAGCUCUUCCCCUCAUUCCUCAAGCGUACUUCCUCCUCUACCACCUCCUUGGAGUGCUGGCCAAACCCGACUGGACUGAAACCCGCACUCCUCGGGAGGCUGAACCACCUCCCCGCUGUGUGGCUCGACUCAAAGUGCUUGUCAGCGUAUGUAUCUCAUUCUGCUGCUGCUCUGUGUGUUUGCGUAUCUGACAGCAGAACUGCCACUUACUGUGUUGUACUUGUCUUUGCCUUUGAGAAAGCUGCUACAGUAUCUCUGGUUGUUGUGCAACAGAGUGUGGGUGUGUGAGUGUUUGUAUGUGUGCUUGUGGAUGCAGGGUUCUGGCAAAUCCAGCACCCGCUUGACCGAAUUAUUUCCUGUUUUACUUAAAUUCAUCCUAUAUUUUUCUUUAGUUGCUUUUUGCAGCCCAGACCAGGGUUUUAUCACAAAGCAGGUCAGUCCAAUUUACACAGAUAAUGGUGACUGUGAUUACUGUCAGUUAGCUGACACUUAGAGUAGUGAGGUGACAAGAGAUGGAAAAGCAAGAUGUAUUUACAACAAAGAUUUCUAUGUACCCUUGUCUUGCAUUCUUGUAAUUUUUCUAAUCACACUCAUAGGUAUCGUCAUGUUUACAAAUAAUCCAAAUAUACACUGUUUACCUUUUCAGUAUCAAAAUACAUUUGACCACGUACUGGUUCUUGCGUUUUUGCAUUAAGAGCAGUAACAGUGUUUCACAGCUUGCAUUUUACCUACUUUAUGUUUACAUUUGGCCCAUUGAUAAGAACUUAAAGUGGUGCAUAGUCAUUUUGGCUCUUGUACUUAAGAAAGAGUUGCAACAUUUUCACACUUGUGAUUUCAGCUUUAAACCUAAAAAAUUACAGAGGGCUAUUGCCUGUGAUAUGUCAUUUUGUUUAGCCAACUCGUGGACUAUUGGGCGUGAUGGUUCAGCAAGGCUUGGGACACUUGUUUUGCUAAUUUCACACUGCUUUGUGAUACAAUCUUGUGUAAUGUGUGUAAAUAACAUGUAGGUGCUGUUAUAUGUGGUACAUAUUGUAAAAAGAAGUGCAAAUCCAUUGGGAUGUCCAUGUACAAUAACAAUUCUGACAUUAAAGAAAAUACAAGCGUUUA